AUGGCGUCCCGCUGCCCCAUCGGCCGGCGGCUAUCGAUUUGUAUGGUGGUGCUCACGCUGCUGGCAACGGCUGCACAAUCAAAGCUGUUGCUGAAUGGCACCGACUGUACCAUCCGUGAGCCACUCUACAACGUGACGUUCGAUUUUAAUGCCCUCAGCUCGGACCUUAACCACCACGUAACGUCCGAGGAGAAUGGCGAACGUUUCUUCUUCAACGUGUGCGACAAGGAUCAGCCGGCGAAGGAUAACCGGACGGACCCGCGGGCAUACCUGAUGCGCCACGGCACAAAGAUUACGCUCGGGUACGAGCCACACCUUCAACUGGAUAACGGACGGAUGCAGUUUUCGUUCGUGGGUGAACCGUGCGGCAACGGUAGCCACUACACGCUGGACAUCAUACUGCUUUGCAGCUACGAACGGACGCCGGAUGCUUUGCGGGUUAUUCCGCACACACCGGACCAAUGUCGGUACUUCAUUUUCUGGGAUACGCCACUCGCCUGUCAGCCGUUGCCGACCGCGCUCGAGACAAACCGAUGCACGGUACGGGACGGUACCAAUCGCCACCUGUACAAUCUGCUGCCGUUGGGUAGCGCCAACCAUGAGGUACCGCUGCCGGAUGGUGCCCGGUUUGUGGUGUCCGUGUGCAAGCCGGUACGCUACGGACAUCUGACGAUGUGCCCGCCAGGGGUUGGCGUUUGUUUGGUAAACGGUACCAAUUACCUGGACUACGGUCAGGCUGUAUCGGAUCCGAAGAUUGAUGCGUCCGGUCGGCUGGUGAUGGAGAUGCGAUCAAAGUCGGGACCGUGUCCGAACUCCUUGAUUGUGUUCGAGUGUGGCAAGGAGGAAGGCGUAGAGACGGGACCGGUCUACCGUGGCCGGAAGGAUAAUUGUACGCACGAGUUUGUCUGGCGUACGUCACUCGCCUGCCGGGACACGCGACCCUGCUCGGUGAGCAAUCCGAUUACGGGCACGCAGUACGAUCUGAGCCUACUCGCAAACCGCACCUACACGCUAACCUCGCGAGACAAUCGUACGUAUGAGGUGGGUGUGUGCCACAUUCCCGCGUCCAGCCACUGUCCGCUAGAUGCGGGUGCAUGUGAAGUCUCCCCGAAGCAGUCCGUCGGACUCGGGGUGAUAUCCGACGAGCUGCAGUAUGAAACGACCGGCGCACCGUACCUGCUGUACCGUUCGGGAGCUGUCUGUGAUGCGGCUAGUGGCCGCCGGUGGGAAACUCGGCUAGAAUUUAUCUGCGAGACUGACCCAGUCGGGGGUGGCCGUACCGGUACGAUUGUGCCGCCGAUCGUUGUUGAAAAUGGGGAGUGUCAGCUGGUGGUACACUUCGAGACGGUGCUCGUCUGCGAACCGGCGCUGAUGGCAUGCGGUGCUUACAACGAAUCGACCAUCGAUCAGUACGUGGACCUGUCGCCGCUUAUGGACUCGACGCGAAAUUACGAGGCACGCGCCAGCGGAGCAAACAAAGACCUGCGCUAUUUUCUUAACGUCUGCCGACCGCUGGUACCCCAGUACGGGCUUAGCUGUCGAGGCGGCGCAGCAGCCUGUGAAGCUAUCUUUGACGGUGUAACGGCACGCAACGAAACCACUCUCGGCUUCCCGGAUGUAUCGCUCGUCGUGGCGGGCGAUACCGUACUGAUGAAGUAUCUGCGUGGCGAUCCGUGUCCUCAGGAUCCGGUCACAAACCUAUCUACCACCGUGACGUUCCACUGUCUGGCAACGGCCGGUCGGGGUACGCCGGUGCUGGUCGAGAUCGAGCACGGUUGUCACUAUCGGUUCGACUGGGCUACCGCCGUUAUCUGCCCACCCGAACUGACCGUACCGUUCGAGGCGAGCAACUGUAGCUUCCACAAUCCGGCGACAGCGAGCUGGAUGGCGGUGAAUGGCGUACUGGGAGAGCUGUCGCUGUGUGACAAACAACCCGUCGCCUCCGUUGACUAUCGCACCGGAUCUCUCGUCAUCCACUACAAUGAAAAGGAUUCGAUCAACUGCAGCAGCACGAAUGGUAAGCGGGUGCAGGUCCCCAUCCUGAAGCGGGGAAUGUAG